AUGGAUUCGUCACUGCAUGAGGUCUGGCAGGCCGCAGCUGGCUCGCCCUUUGUACCCCUCGUCGGAAAGGGCAGUCAAUUCCUGGUCGCCUUCUUCCUACUGCUGCUGGGUUUGUCACUGGGCACUGCCUUCGCCCUGAACCGUUCGCUCCUGAACCUGCCUGUCCUGGCCUUCCCGGCAUCUCUAGCCCUUGCAUUUGCCAUAUCCAUGGACUCCCAGGGUUCUCCAACACCUCUGUUCCGGGCGGUCGCCAGCUCGACAAGGCCCCUCUACCAACUCCUCAAGGCCAUCAACUUUACGAACAAGGUACAUGUCGACAUAACAGAAAACGGCCUGAGGUUUGCCGCAGACCAUGCCCGGGUUAUGCAAGGAGUCGCGCACUGGAAUAAAACCCUCUUCACCUCCUACACGACCAACUUCCCGUCCAACCCUCCAGCUGAGGACGCUAGCUCAGAAGAUGACAAUGAGGCCGCCAUCCCAUCUUUUCAGAUCUCCCUCCCCGCGCUCCUCGAAACCCUCCAAAUUUUUGGCGCCGUCGACGCCGCCACACGCCAGGCCAAGGCCGACGUCGACCCCUACCGAAGCAACCUACGCAAUUACCGCUCCGACGCCUUCAGCGCCCAGACCCUUGGCAUGUCUGGUACCUGCUCCCUCAGCUACCCCCAAGAAGGCGGCCCCUUCAGCAUCGUCCUUGACGAAGCCGGUGUAAGCACCACCUGCAACCUGACGACCUACGUCCCUGAAACCCCAGACGACAUCCCCUUCAACCUGGAGGACAUCUCCUUUAAGAUCAUCACGCAAGCACGCUACAUCCUGGACGCCCUCGCCGAGCUGGCUCCAUCUAAUCCGGAGAAACUCACUAUUGCUGCGUCGCGAUCUGAGCCCUACCUUCGUUUCACCAGCUCGGGUGGUGCCCUCGGCUCGAGCACGGUCGACUUUGCUAAGGGCAAGGACCUGCUCGAGACAUUUUCUGUAAAUGGGACCAACGGCAGGCGGAAAUGGAUGCAGACAUUCAAGUUCGACAUGAUCAAAGCCGCCACCGAGGCGAUGCGGAUUGCGAGCAAAGUGAGCUUGCGUGGGGACGGCCAGGGCGUGUUAAGUAUGCAGUUUAUGGUGGAGAUUGAGGGAUGUGGGCCCAGCUUUCUGGACUUUCGGUUUGUGCCGUAUGCGGUGUGUGAGGAGGAGGAUGAAGAGGAGAACGAAGAAGAAGUUGGAGAGAGUGAGGAGGACGAUGGGGACAAGGAGUAA